GAGAGAAUUAGCCAACCAAACCAACAGCUCCCUCUUCUUCUUCUUAGAAAAAAAAAACCCUAUUAUAUAUUAUUAUUAUUCCUCCAUAUAUUUCCCCAUUGGCAUUUGUUCCUGAAUCUCCCUCACUAUACUCAUACUUUCAGAAUGUUCCAUGCCCCCAAGAAACCCUCCUCUAUCAAUGACAGGCCAAUGUGCGUCCAAGCCGACUCCGGCCUCGUCCUCACCACCGACCCCAAGCCCCGUCUCCGCUGGACCGUCGAGCUCCACGAGCGCUUCGUCGACGCCGUCACCCAGCUCGGUGGCCCCGACAAGGCCACUCCCAAGACGAUCAUGAGAGUCAUGGGCGUCAAGGGCCUCACUCUCUACCAUCUCAAGAGCCACCUCCAGAAGUUCAGACUCGGGAAACAACCCCACAAGGAAUUCAAUGAUCAAUCUAUAAAGGAUGGGAUGAGAGCUUCGGCGUUGGAACUUCAGAGAAAUAGUGGAUCUUCUUCCAGCUUAAUGGACCGCAGUAUGAACGAAAUGCAAAUGGAGGUCCAGAGACGACUGCACGAACAAAUUGAGGUACAGAGACACCUUCAAUUGAGAAUUGAGGCUCAAGGGAAGUACAUGCAAAGCAUAUUGGAGAAAGCUUGCCAAACGCUCGCCGGCGAAAACAUGGCCGCCGCGUCCGGCGGCGGCGGCGGCGGAUCUUUCAAAACCAUUUGCAACAAUAUGGGAACAACCGGUAAUCUUGUUUCUGACGCCGCCGCCAUGGGAGGAGGAGCCAUCAAAGACUUCAUUUCACCUCAUCCUAACGCCUUCCCUCCUUUCCAAGACAUCAACAUAUUUACCACCGAACCGCCGCCACCGGCUCUGAUCGACUGUCUGAAGAAGCCCGGCCCCUUCAUCUCCGGUGCCGGGAAGACCCCCAUUUUCUGGCCGGAUGAUCUCCGGCUGCAGGACUUGGGAACAUCUCCUCCCAGCCUGGCAUUACCGCCACCGCCACCAUCCAUCGGGCCAGCCAACUUGGAUUCUCUACAGCUGGAAAUGUAUGAAUCCAAGCCGUCGCCGAUGCUGGCGGUGGGCGGCGGCGAUGGGAUGAAUGAAAAGAAGUUCGACAUGUCGUUAAAGCUUGAAAGGCCAUCACCACAUUCAGAUGAUAGGAUGAAUGGUAUUGGUAGUAAUAACCCCACAAUGUCACAGCUACAGGGAAGAAAUUCUUCAUUUGGUUAAUUUAUAAUAUUACUAUGUGUAACUAAUAGAUAAAUUUUAUGUAAUUAAUUAAUAGGAUUAGGGUUAGAUCUUAACAAAUGCAUGCAUACUAAUUAUUGUGUUUGGAAGGGAAAAAGAAAUCUUAACUCCUAAUAAGCUUGUGUUGAAGGGUUAACUCUUCUCUUGAUCAUGAGAUAUUUUGAUCCAUUUUCUGAUGAAAAAUUGUAUGUUAUAUCAAAUGAAAAAAAAAAAAAAGUCUUUUAUUUUAA